AUGGUUGGUACAAAUGAACUCCGGGCAGAGAACCUCUUCUCAAUGAAGAAUCAUGUUUGCCUAGUGACAGGAGGAGGAACUGGUAUCGGUUUGAUGGCAGCACAAACAUUAGCUGCUAAUGGCGCAAAAGUAUACAUCACAGGUCGUCGAAUGGAAGCCCUCGAAAAUGCAGCCAAGCAGCAUUCCCCAACAUCUGGGGGUUCCAUCAUCCCGAUUGGCCCCUGCGACGUAACUAGCAAGAAAGACCUUGAAGAUCUCGUAGCUGAGAUCAGUAAUAAAGAAAAAUAUAUCAGUCUUCUUCUCGCUGGUGCAGGGAUUUCGGGUCCUAAAGCAGAACCCAAUUCUUCGGAUGCUGUCGAACUGAAAAAUAAACUUUUCAACUCGGAAAGUUUUGAAGAAUGGGGAACUACGUUCAAUACCAAUGUAUCGGCUGUCUAUUUCACUACCGUAUGCUUUCUUCCACUGCUGCAAGCUGCCCAUAAGGUUCAUGGGAGCAUGUCUUCUUCAGUCAUUGUUAUUAGUUCCAUGAGCGGUAUCAUGAGACAUGCACAGGGUCAUUUUUCGUACAAUGCGGCAAAGGGCGCGACGGUGCAUCUGAGUAAAUUGAUGAGUUAUGAGUUUAAAGAGAUUGGAGUCAGGGUUAAUAGUAUUGCGCCGGGAUAUUUUCCAAGUGAGAUGACGGUGGGAGAGAGUGAUGAGACUCAGAAGAGUCAUUUGAAGGAUGAGAAAAUUCAGGAGAAGGGUCACGUUCCUAUGCAGAGACCUGGAAGUGACGAGGAGAUGGCCAUGGCGGUGUUGUUUUUGGCGAAGAAUAAUUAUGUUAAUGGGGAGAUUAUUGCCGUUGAUGGUGGUGUCCUGUUGGAUGUUCCGGGAAGGUAA